UACCUUCCCAGUUUCCCCCCAAUCAUCACGUAAUCAUUUUUCUUCACAAAAAUAAUCAUCACACUCACAUUUAUAUACACAUCUCUAGCUCUAUUUAUUCAUAAAUUAUCCUCUCAUAAAGUGGAAUCUAUGGAUAAUAGAUCGCCAAAAUCAAAAGAAAUAUUGGGGCCGAGACCAACUCCAUUGAAAAUUCGUAAAGAGUCUCACAAGAUCAUCAAGAAUCCACCAUUGGUGCCACAGCCACGACUACAACCACCGGAACCGGCAUCACGCCAACUGCACCAGCAAGAACCGCUGCAGUCACAACCGCUACGUGGUCCGGUGAUAAUAUACACUGUAUCACCCAAGAUUAUCCAUACACACCCUAAUAAUUUCAUGGCACUGGUUCAACGUCUCACAGGGAAAACAUCUACCUCCACAACCUCAUCCUCGUCGUGUCAAUCCAUAUUAGCACCAAACAACGUGUCAGCAACGUUAGAUACAUCCUGCAGUUCGCUAUCUCCGGCGGCUCGGUAUGCUGUGAUGGAGAAAGCUAAUGCCUCGAACGAAGUAGGGUUUUUGGGUGGUGUAGAGACCACUGAUCAAUAUCAUCAUCAUCACCAUCAUCAAAACCGAGCUAUUGAGAUGCCAAAUUUUUACAAUACUGGGAGUCUAUCUCCGGAACCCACUUCUCUGCCGCUGAUAUCAGAGGAGUUCGUUUCUACGGUUGCACCACCGAACGAUCCACAAGGUUUGUCUGCGUUGUUCAAUGACUUUAACUCCAUCCUACAGACUAGUCCUCCAAAGCUUCCAUCACCUUCCAUGGACCUUUUCAACAACUUUUUUGAUUCUUGAUUGGAAUCUUAUUUCUAUAGUUGAACUGGUUUACAAGUAGUAUAGAGGGUGACACAUGAUGUGUUUUAGAUUUUUCAUCAUUUUUAAGAGACUCUCAUAUAAUUUGAGAGUUUAUA